GACUGUCCGAGAAAAACAAAACGCUUUCACUUCACUUUCUCUCUCGCUUUUAUAAGCCCACACCUAACUGAAAAUCACGGAAAAAGAAAGCCAGAACGUGAGAAAGCUAUUUCCCGUCAAUAACAAAAACACCUCUCUCCCUCUCUCUCUCUCUCUCUCGAUCUCGAUCUAAUCAUUAGUCUUGAGCGAUGGCCUGUGCAAGCUUCGCAAAGCUAAACGCAGCGUCGUCUUCUUGGAUCGGUCAACAGUCCUUUGGUCAGCGAACUGGUUCUUCCUCAACUCGCCUCGCAACUCGCCGAAUCUCCCUCCCGAUCUGUGCCAGUUCUUAUAAGGACGAGCUUGUUCAAACCGCUAAAUCUGUUGCGUCACCUGGUCGUGGCAUUCUCGCCAUUGAUGAAUCAAAUGCAACUUGUGGGAAGAGGUUGGCAUCUAUUGGGUUAGACAAUACUGAGGCCAACAGACAAGCAUACAGACAACUCUUGCUGACCACUCCUGGCCUUGGUGAAUAUAUCUCUGGUGCUAUUCUUUUUGAGGAAACACUUUACCAGUCCACUACCGAUGGAAAGAAAUUUGUUGAUUGCUUGCGUGAUGAGAAUAUUGUGCCUGGGAUCAAAGUUGACAAGGGUUUGGUACCUCUUCCAGGAUCAAACAAUGAGUCUUGGUGCCAAGGCUUGGAUGGAUUGGCUUCAAGGUCUGCUGAAUACUACAAGCAAGGAGCUCGUUUUGCCAAGUGGAGGACAGUUGUCAGCAUUCCCUCUGGCCCAUCUGCUCUUGCUGUUAAGGAAGCUGCAUGGGGACUUGCUCGUUAUGCUGCCAUUUCUCAGGACAAUGGUCUUGUGCCCAUAGUUGAACCUGAGAUUCUUCUCGAUGGAGACCAUGGAAUUGAGAGAACACUUGAAGUUGCAGAGAAGGUCUGGGCAGAAGUCUUUUUCUACUUGGCAGAAAACAAUGUCAUAUUUGAGGGUAUCCUGCUUAAGCCCAGCAUGGUAACACCAGGAGCUGAGCACAAAGAGAAGGCUUCUCCAGAGACAAUUGCCAAAUACACACUCACCAUGCUUAAAAGAAGAGUACCACCUGCAGUUCCCGGAAUCAUGUUUUUGUCAGGAGGACAAUCUGAAGUGCAAGCAACCCUUAACCUCAACGCAAUGAACCAAAGUCCCAACCCAUGGCAUGUGUCCUUCUCAUAUGCUCGUGCGCUUCAAAACACUGUGCUUAAGACAUGGCAAGGACGUCCAGAGAAUGUGGAAGCCGCACAGAAGGCACUUUUGGUGCGUGCCAAGGCAAAUUCCCUGGCGCAGCUUGGAAGGUAUUCUGCUGAGGGUGAAAGCGAUGAAGCUAAGAAGGGAAUGUUCGUCAAGGGCUAUACCUAUUAAGCAGCAUUUCAAGGAUUACCUUGCGUCUUGGUUUCUAUUCUAUCGAAUUGUACUUCAUAAUUUCCGUUGGUUUCUCUUUUAUCUUAGUUGGGCUUGCUGAGGAAAUGUAGCAUUAGACAAGUUAAUUUUUCUUUCCUCGUUUGUCCAAAAGACUAGAGUCUUGAAUAAUACCUGUUUGUGGAAAGAAAAGUUUUCCAAACUAUCUAGGAAGAGUUGGCUUAGUGAAAGAAAGAAUAUAAUGUAUUCUUCAUAUAAAUUAUCGUUCUUCAAUUCAAAUUCUGUGAAUUUUGCUUCUGUA